AUGAUUCCAAAGCACUGCACCGCCCUGGCUGUUUGUGUGCUUCAUGGACUGCUUUGGCUACAAGGUCUUGCUCUGGAAGAAGUGCUACUGAAACCAAAGUUGAACAUUACAGAAGAUCAAAUUGUAAUCAGUGCAGGAGAUUUCUUUGCCAUAACAUGCAGGGGAGCAGCCGCCUUGACCUGGCUAUGGGGAAAUGAGCCACACAAAGACGUUCCCCACAGGUGGACCGUAUCUGAGCACAAGUGUUCAGACAAUGUACAGCAGACCUGCAGCAGGCUCACAAUCAACAAAGCUAUAGCCAGCGACACUGGUUACUUCACCUGUGUUUAUAAUCACCUCCUUUCUAACAAAGACCUCAUGGCCAAGACAUAUGUGUACGUUACAGACCACCAGAAUCCAUUUGUUCAGAUUCACCCUCAAUAUCCCAAAGUGAUAUAUGUAUUGAAUACUACCGAAGUGGUUGUCAUACCCUGCCGGGUCACCUCACCAGAUAUCAAACCCAAGCUUCGACAGCUUCCUUCUUCUUCUUCAGAGUUCAGCUACUGGAGGAUGGUGUGGGACCCCAGGAGAGGAUUUGUCAUCCCCUCUCCUCCUUUCCACUUCUUCAAAGCCAUGCUCAUGUGUACAACCAAAGUAAACGGAAUUGAGUCCUCAUCCUACUACAUACUACAGAAAGUGGAGGGCAGAAUACAGAACCUGGCUCUGAAAGCAAACUCCAGAAAGCUGCUGGUUGGAGAUACCCUCAACCUGGAAUGCAGCGCAGAGACCUUUUUCAAUGGACGGAUUGAAUUUGAAUGGCAGUAUCCUAGUGGGAGAGAUCAUAAGCCUACACGAAUUUUGAACAAAAGUCAGUCGGUUUAUAAAGGCUUCAGUAAUCUGACUAUCCACAACGUUACCAUGGAAGACAGUGGCUUGUAUAUAUGCAGAGCAGUCAACGUAACAGGACUGGAGACCAAUGUAAUGAUACUGAAGGCCAAUGAAACAAUCACAGUAUACAACAAAGCUUUCCUGAGAGUUUCCUAUAAGAAAGGACCUUACUACGAGGGGGUAGCAGGACACAAGUUACUGAAACUAGCUGUGAAGGUGGAUGCCUUUCCCCGCCCCAGUGUUACCUGGUAUAAAGAUGGCAAGCUAAUCAAGGAGAACCACACUUGCUAUGUACCAGAUCGAACGAAGUACAAGCUGGGCAUAAGGGAUUUGAGACCAAAGCAUGCUGGGAACUACACCAUAGUCCUGAGCAACAUUAAACAUGGCCUGUAUGAGAACCUCACCAUCCAGCUGGCAGUGACAGAGAGGCCCAAAAUCUAUGAAAAGGAGACAGACUUUGACAAGGUCGCACAAGUGAACCUAGGAAGCACACAAAGCCUUCAGUGCACUGCGAGCGGGACUCCAGACCCCAAGAUCACGUGGGAAUGGGAGCCAUGCGCCCCUGCAGAAGACACGCGCUGCAGACACGGUGGAAAAAGAAUUGUCGUUCAGAAAAACAUCAAUGAGACAGACAUGUGGACAGGCAACAAAAUCGAGAGCAUUGAGGAGAAAUACAUAAUGCAUGAAGAUAAAAAAAAGAUCAUAAGCAAGCUGACUACAGAACAUAGCACUGCAUCAGGGAUCUAUUACUGCGUGGCUUCGAACAAGAUUGGCAAAGAGGAGAGAAGCAUCAAGUUCUAUGUCUCAGAUGUGCCAUCAGGUCUGCAAACGGAGCCACAGAUCACCACCAUCGUGGGGAGUGAUGUUCAGCUGACCUGCAGAGCCUCCAGAUACAUUUACGAUCACCUGGCAUGGUACUACCCUUCCUCACAGGUGGUGCCCGCCAACUUCAUGCAGGAGCAAAUUGACAGAUACUCCAUUUCCUUGACACUGGCCAUUAGUAAUGUCACAGAGGAACACGCCGGGCAGUACAAGUGCAUCGCUCAGAAUCGGCACAACAGCACGGAAGUGCGAGAAGAGGACACCCAGCUCGACGUUAAAGCAAAGGCAGUGCCAUAUAUUAUGCAGAACCUCACGGACCGAGAGGUUAACAUCAGUGGCAAGAUCAUUCUGGAGUGCAAAGUAAAUGGAACCCCAACGCCUCAGAUUGCGUGGCGGAAAAAUGGCUAUCCCAUUUCACCUGCUUCAGGAAUUUCCAUGGAAAAUAACACCCUGGUCAUCGAACGAGUGAAAAAAGACGAUGAAGGCCUCUAUGAAUGUAGGGCUUCCAAUGAAAUGGGCAAUGACAGCACAUCAGCAUUUAUUAAAAUACAAGGCUCUGAAGAAAAAUCCAAUAUUGAAGUUAUCAUUUUGGUCUGCACUGGUCUAGCAGCUACCCUUUUUUGGCUUCUUCUGACCCUUUUCAUUCGGAAACUGAGAAAACCUGAUGCCACAGAUAUUAAAACGGGAUACCUGUCAAUCAUAAUGGAUCCAGAGGAAAUGCCCCUUGAUGAGCAGUGUGACCGUCUGCCAUACGACAGUAGUAAAUGGGAGUUCCCAAGAGACAGGCUGCGGCUUGGUAAAACACUGGGUCAUGGUGCUUUUGGGAAGGUCGUGGAGGCAUCUGCUUUUGGUAUCGAUAAAUCUUCAACCUGCAAAACAGUCGCCGUUAAAAUGCUUAAAGCAGAAUGUGCAACUACAAAUGAGUGCAAGGCUUUAAUGUCCGAGCUGAAGAUCCUCAUCCACAUAGGACACCAUCUGAACGUGGUCAACCUGCUGGGAGCCUGCACCAAAGCAGGAGGUCCUUUGAUGGUUAUCGUAGAAUAUUGCAAAUAUGGAAAUCUGUCUAAUUACCUGAGAGGAAAACGAGGGGACUUUGUUGCAUAUAAGUCCCAGGAGAACUCUGACCAAGCAGAGAAAAGUCUGGAUGAGUCCAACAGUGAUUUAACAGAGCUGAUCAAGAGGCGCCUUGAGAGUGUGGCCAGCACAGGAAGCUCGGCCAGUUCAGGAUUCAUUGAAGAUAAGAGUUACAGUGACUCGGAAGAGGAAGAAGAAGAUGGUGAGGAUCUGCAAAAGCGACCCCUGACCUUGGAGGAUCUGAUUUGCUAUAGUUUCCAGGUGGCAAAAGGCAUGGAGUUCCUGGCCUCCAGAAAAUGUAUUCAUCGGGAUUUGGCAGCAAGGAACAUCCUUCUGUCGGAAAACAACGUGGUUAAGAUCUGUGACUUUGGACUGGCUAGGGAUAUUUACAAGGAUCCUGACUAUGUACGGAAAGGAGAUGCAAGGCUUCCACUUAAAUGGAUGGCUCCAGAGGCUAUUUUUGAUAAAAUUUAUACUACGCAGAGUGACGUGUGGUCUUUUGGCGUGUUACUAUGGGAAAUAUUUUCUCUGGGUGCCUCACCAUACCCGGGAGUGCAAAUUGAUGAGGACUUCUGCCGCCGCCUCAAAGAAGGAACACGGAUGAGAUCACCAGAAUAUUCCACUCCAGAAAUCUACCAGACUAUGCUGGAUUGUUGGCAUGGAGUUGCCACAGAGCGGCCCACCUUCACAGAGCUGGUUGAGCGCUUAGGAGACCUCCUCCAGGCAAACGUGGAACAGGAUGGUAAAGACUAUAUUCCACUGAACAUCACAUUAUGCCUUGAUGGAGAAUCUAACCCAAAGACCUGCCCAGUGGAAGAAAACUUGAGCAAUUGCAUUAAUCGCUGGAGUGCAUUGGGAAUAGGUAAUAACAGUAAGAAGAGACCGCUGAGUGUGAAGACAUUUGAUGAGGUGCCAGUGGAGAAGCAGAAAAUGAUGAAUGAGGAGAGCGAGUCAGAUAGCGGGAUGGUGCUGACAUCUGAUGAGAUGAAAAGCCUGAAGAGACUGGAAAUCCGCUCCUGGCCUUAUGGGAUUAUGGCUCUAGCGCAGCGAGCUGUCAGCAAGAGCAAAGAAUCCAUGUUAUCAGAGCAUGAGAUUGUGAAAUACCAGCCAGCAGUACAGAUUGAUGAGGACACCAUGGACUUCACCCUGGAAGACUCAGUCCUCCUGCCCAUGGAUCCAAACCUGGAAUGCCACAGCCCACCUCCUGACUACAACUCUGUCAUCCACUAUUCUGCCCCUCCAGUGUAA